GCCCCAACAUUCAGCUUCUGCCAAGAGGACGGACGCAAGAGGAAGAAAAAAAAAUCCUCCUUUUCAAUUCCAUCACAGAGCAAGGAGUAGGAGGAGUCAGCCGAGUGAGAUAGUGAUGCUCCCUGCAGGUGCCAACAAGUGAGAGGUAGCCGAUAGACCGAGAACCAGAGAGCCAAGGACAUGAAGAAGAGUCUGUGAGAGCAGAAGAAGACAUCCAGAGCUCCGAGAGAAACCAAACAGCCAGUGUAUUAUCAGUCCUGCUCCAGUUUUUCCUGUCCGUCAUCUCUGCUGCCAUGCUGUGUCCUGUGCUGCUUUGUGCCACUCUGCUCCUCCUGACACCUCUGGAGAUCACGGAGGCUCGCGCUCUGCACCCUCCUCCUGAUGCUGUGCAGUUUAUGGAGCAGUUUCUGGAACGCUACAAUGACCUUUUGACCCUGGACGACCUGGAGAACCUGUUGAACAGCCAACCAGAGGAGCAGUCCACCUCCUCCUCGGGGGUCAAAGCGCCGGCCGAGUACCCCAAAUGGGCUGACGCACAAACGCAGGCUGAGACGCCCUGGCUGCGCCUGCUGAAGGGGGCCAUGGCCAAUCAGAAACGAGCAGAGCCGGACCGGUCACGGAGGGGAUGGAACCGAGGAUGCUUUGGGCUGAAACUGGAUCGGAUCGGGUCCAUGAGCGGACUGGGCUGUUAGUGGGAGAGGAAACAAAGACUGAUGACGUCCUUCUUAGAGUAUAAUGAGGGAAAACGCACAUGCAAAGGCGUUCACGUGCACUGAAGGAUGUUUACAUGUGCGUAGACUACAUGUAGUAUGGUGUAAACUUGCAGCGUUGCUAAUGUGGUUUCAUCCAGCGUAGAUCAGAUGCUUCACACUGUUGUGGCUGUUUUAACAGAGCAGCUGUAGUUUAUUCCAUGUGUAAGUAUUAAAAUGAAUAUUAGAAUAUUAUGUGAGCUAUAUUUACAUUAAAUGAUCAUCUUUGAUUGUCGGACUUGUUUUUUCUUUCUUUUUUUAAGUAAAUUUGCACUUUAUGUAUUUCUAGCAUUUGUCUUCGUGCAGUAAAUUGUGUGUAAAAUCAGGUGUAAUGGACGUAGAUAUUCAAAACUGAAGGCACCUGUGAUUCCUGCUGAUUAUUUUUGUUUACUUAUGAUUUGCAUGAAUAAAUGGAUUUGACAUUU